AUGAGCGGGGAGAUUGAUGCGCUCUAUAUCUACGACGAGCAUAAUAACCCUCUUGUAGAGCAGGUCUAUCGAUCCCGUCCGCCCUCCGCAGCUACUAUUUUACCCCUCUACCUCGCGCAUCCAGCUCCGCGGCCGUCGCUCAUUUAUGUCCCUAAUACUACGCCGCCCGUAACCGUUUUCUCAAUUGUUCAGUCAAAUUUGCUUUUUCUGGCGCUUUCCGAAGUCGAUACAGAGCCACUCGUUGCGCUAGAGUUCCUACAUCGCGUAGUGGAUGUACUUGAGGAAUUCGUCGGAGCACCGUUGAUUUCACACAAGAUACAGGCAAACUAUGAAGUGGUUGCACAGUUACUCAAUGAAAUGUGCGAUGCAGGUGUCGUAUGUAAUACAGAGCUAAAUGCGCUACAGGAGGCCGUUGAAAUGCCGGGGUGGAUGGGCAAGUUGCUAGGUAAUGUCGGGCUGUCUGGGUCCUCUACGCCUAUUUUGGGACCUCCGAAUACGCUCAAGCGGUCAAUCUCAGCCAAUGCGGCGACUCAAGGACCUGCGAUACCAUGGAGAAGAUCUGGAGUGCGGCACACUUCCAACGAGCUAUAUGUUGAUAUUAUCGAAUCACUCUCGGUCACAAUGGCGCCUUCAGGGCGAUUACUCUCUGCCUUGGUGUCCGGCACCAUCGCCUUCACAGCCAAAAUAUCCGGUGUUCCUGAAUUACUGCUUUCCUUGACGGCUCCUGGUGGUCAGCAAGCCAUUGGGCGAAAGCUCGAGUUACCCGUUUUUCACCCCUGUGUACGACUGGCAAAAUGGAGAGAGCGACCAGGAGAAUUGAGCUUUGUGCCCCCGGAUGGACGGUUUAUUCUUGCAGGGUAUGAGGUAGACCUUCUACCCAUUGAUCCCAGCCUCGAUCAGCCGCCAAGUCAUAUGGAGAAACUCUUCCUGCCUGCCAUUGUAGACAUUCGUAAAUCUCUCGGUCCAACCGGCUCCGAUUUCGAAGUCCGCUUGAUCCUCAAUACAAACUUCCCGGGGUAUUCGUCCUCAAACCGGCCUGGAGGACGGAAUGGUUCAGGUACGUCGACGCCAUCGUUUCUUGGAGGAGGCGGGAACUCCUCGGGUCCUGUCUUAGAAGACGUUUUGGUCACGAUACCUAUUCCGAAAUCGGUCCGUAAUAUCACAGACAUGCAAGCCAGCCGCGGUGAUGCGCUCUUCUCCGCUGGUAACAGUGUCCUUGAAUGGCGAGUCCCGACCAAAGACGCUGGAACUGUCUCGGGCACCGCAACCCUCCGUUGCACCGUGGCUGGACAUUCAACCGGCGACGACGACUUCGAUGAAGAAGCCGAAGAAGUCGACCCGGAAGCCAACCUCCUCCAGGGCUACUACGACGCCGAACCCUCAACAUCCUACCAAGCCCCCGAAGAAGGGACAACAAAGCGGAAAACAAAGAAAAAGAAGAAGAAGAAGGUCAAGAAGUCCUCUCGCGCCGCCCCCGCCAUACCAGAUGCAGAGCAACAAGAGGAGACAACCCAAGAGAUAACCCAAGAGCCAUCCCAACCGCAAUCCCCGACACCUCCUCAGCCCUCCCCUUCACCUCAACCACUAGCACAACAACCUCCAACCGACGACGCCUCCCGCUCAAUCUUCCACACUACACAACGCAAAACCAAAGCCCAGUUGAACGCAACUCUCAUGCCUAAUUCUGCCGCGGUGUCAUUCUCAGUCAGAGGCUGGCUUCCCUCAGGAAUCAAGGUGGACAGUCUGAACAUCGACCCGCGACGAAGUCGUGGUUUAGGCGAGACUGUGAAGCCCUACAAGGGAGUGAAGUACUUAUGUGUCAGUCGAAAAGGAGUGGAGAGAAGAUGUUGA